ACUUCCAAAAUACAAAGAGUAGAAGCAACUCCUGCUUUGGAGUUGAAUUAAGAAAGAUGGAAAUACAAAUGGCUUCUGCCACCCUCACUUUCUUCUUGUCACUUGUAUGCCUAAGUUUCCUGCCACAUGAAACCUUUGCAGACUAUAUCUACCCUGCUCCUCCACCAUUAGAAAAACCUUACUAUGAGUAUCCCUCCCCUCCGCCACCAAAGAAGCCCUAUAUAUAUCCAUCUCCUCCUCCUCCACCAAAGAAAGAAUAUGUAUACCCAUCUCCACCUCCACCUCCAAAGAAGGAAUACAUAUAUCCAUCUCCUCCUCCUCCCAAGAAAGAAUAUGUGUACUCAUCACCUCCUCCACCUCCAAAGAAGGAAUAUGUAUACCCUUCCCCACCUCCACCUCCUAAGAAGGAAUACUUAUACCCAUCUCCUCCACCCCCAAAGAAGGAAUAUGUAUACCCAUCUCCUCCUCCACCCCCAAAGAAGGAAUAUGUAUACCCAUCUCCUCCUCCACCUCCAAAGAAGGAAUACCUAUACCCAUCUCCGCCUCCACCCCCAAAGAAGGAAUACCUAUACCCAUCUCCUCCUCCACCCCCAAAGAAGGAAUAUGUAUACCCAUCUCCUCCUCCACCAGAGAAGCCCUAUGUGUACCCAUCUCCUCCUCCACCUCCAAAGAAGGAAUAUGUAUACCCAUCUCCUCCUCCACCUCCCAAGAAGGAAUACAUUUACCCAUCUCCACCUCCACCACCAAAGAAGGAAUAUGUAUACCCAUCUCCUCCACCACCAGAGAAGCCCUACGUUUACCCAUCACCUCCUCCACCCCAAAAGAAGGAAUACGUAUACCCCUCUCCUCCACCACCAGUUUAUGCAUACCCUCCAUAUUACUACCCAGUGUACGAUUCUCCACCUCCACCAUACAUGAAGCCUUAUGUCUAUGACUCUCCUCCUCCAGCCCCAGUUUACAAACCCUAUAUAUAUUCUUCCCCACCCCCUCCUUACCACUACUAGAUAUUGCAUUUUCAUGGGUCUUACUACUUGGAUCUUAUAAUAUAUUCUCAUUAUCAAAUAAAGAAAGCGAGCUAUGGAAGCGCUUUACAAUAUAGCUGAAAGGAGAAUGAAAGCACAUUUUCUCGUCUGUAUUGACCAAAACAAAAAUUAUGUUCAAUCUUUUAUAUUGUGUCAAUAUAUUUAUAGCAUUCGCGCUUUCACUCUCAUACUUUCUUCUAUUUUGUUUUAUAUGUAAUGUGAUUGCCGUCAGUCAUUGCCCGGUCCAUGUAUUUGUUUUGUUAAAUAUUAUUAAUAAAUUACCUAUGGUUGUAGUUUUCAA